CGCCACCAUGACGCACAUCGCGCCACUUCUGCUCUUUGUAACAUCAUCAUCGUCAGUGACGUGGCCGCGCGCAGAAGCCUCCAUUCUGUGUGCGUGGACCACAGUGUUGUCCAGCGGGGACGUGCACCACAGCUUCCUCCGCCGGGACUCUGCCUCUCUGCGGCUCUACCACAGCGUGCACAGGCCCGGGGCGCGCGCUCUGCUCCACUGCGCCACGAGCGACGAUGCGUCAGUGAUCCACAGCUAUUUAUCUAAGUGUCACGAGAACAGGCGGGACUUCACUGAUCACCUGGACCGAGACUUCCAUCUGAGCUCUGUGUUUGAGGCUGAGGAGCAGUGCGUGUCACUGGGUUCUGAGGAGGAUCUCGAGUGGCACAGUGGGAAAAGACUCGCGAGGAGCGCUGGUGACGUCCACGCAGAUGGAAGGUCAGAGAUCAGGGGCCGUUUGCGUGUGAGGCGAGGUUUCAUUGUCCCCGGCACUCUGUGGUGUGGAUCAGGCAACAAGUCGCUAUCUUAUGCUGAUUUGGGAGUAUUUGCAGACACAGACAGCUGCUGCCGGGAACACGACCAGUGCAAACACACCAUCCUGUCCUUUCACUCGCAGUUCGGGGUCUUCAACAGCAACAUCUUUACCAUGUCUCACUGUGACUGUGACAACAAGUUUCGUAGGUGCCUGAGGAAAGCAGAUCACAGAAUAUCCGAUGUAGUGGGAUACACCUUCUUCAACCUGCUGAAGAUGCGCUGCUUUGAGUUCUCCUACCGACCCCAGUGUACACGGAGAAACUGGUUUGGGAUGUGUAAAGAGACUAAGUUGACUCUGUAUGCUGAGGUUCAUCCGCCGACACUGUACAAGUCCACCAGUCCACCUGAAGCCUUCGUGAACAUCACCAGCUCCACAGCUGCAGAAUCAGAGCCACAGCUUCUUCUCAUGACUGCUGCUGCCCUCACAGUCCCAACACCUUUAACAAGCUUGCCUUCCACCUCCAUCACGCCUGGUAACAGCGUCACAGGGACAUCGACAGGAUCACUCCCUCAGAGUAGAGAUGAUGACCAGACUGUGACUGAGGUGGACACUGCAGGACUGCACUUGUCAUGUGAUAUCUAUGAGGAUCUGGAUGAGUGCAACGACAAGAUCCUUCCCAAACAAAUGAGAUAUGGCCUCCACAACCCAGAGUCCAGGACGCUGUAUCACUGCAACUGUACCGCCAGAUUAUUCCAGACUUUGGUUAAACAGAGGCGACUGACCAAAGUACACACUCUUCUGCUUGGGCACGUGUCUCAAUCCUGCUUCCUUCCCCAGGACUGCACAGCAGAUGAGACCUGUACAGCAGCUCUUGUGACAGCAGACUUCCCUCUGCUGGACCUGAAGAGUGGUGCAGGGCUGGAGGAGCAGGAGCAGAGCCAGGAGCAGAGCCAGGAGCAGAACCAUCCAUGGGUAGUAAACCUGAAGGUCAGGAGACCAUACAGUGGGAGAACUAAAGGGAAAGACAGAUCUGCGAAGCUUCACAAACUGUGUGUCAGGUUGACUCAUCCCAAACACAGGAACAACACCAGGAAACAUGGUCACAGUGCUCAGUAGCUAGUGUCAAGUGACUCCACGUUAACAGUCAAGUGGAACAUGAGACAUUAUGAAUUAAGUAACUAAUAAACACAGACAAAACGUACAUGUACUCAUUUAAAAUGCAUGUAUUUGUACAGCAAGUUUUACUUUGCACGGUCACUAUGUCUUACUUUGUCUAAAAUACAAGGCUGAGACAUUUAUGCAAUCUGCACAUGACCAGAGAGACGUUUAAAGUCAACGUUCUGACUAAUCCUCAGCCGCCCAAUGUUUGUUAUACUAGUGCAAAGUCUUUUUAGUAACGGUUGGUUUGGUGUGUUUGAGCGCUCGUUGUUACUACUCUGUCCGACACGUGUUGUCUGUAGCAUGUGUGGGAUUCUGCAACAGAAUUGUGGUUUGUUUUUAUUCAAAGUCUCAAGACUGUCCAAGGGAGGCUGGGCUAUUUGAAAUGUCAGUUUAUUGCACAUCAUGUUUUACAUAGUUUGGAAAACUCUGCUGACUUUAUUGUUGAGGUCAGACAUGAUAAUCACCCGCACACCUGACGUUUUUACCUGCGGAUUCAAUUCUGCCGAAAGGCCUGCUUGUCCUCUCAGGCGGUCCACAGUGCUGUGUGAGUGAGAGGGGGAGUGGCUACAGUAGAGCGGUGCUUCUUUCAGCCUUAUAUUAUGUUAUAUUAUGUAGCAAGACACAACAAUACACUGACGUUCCUGCACUUUACAGACAGAUUAAAUCUGUAGUGUGUAACUUUUAAAUGUAAACAAAUGACAGUUACAUUUAAACCAUUGGUUUCACAGUGUACAUACAUACAUAUACAAUAUUUAUUUAUUGUUAUAUGCACAGUAAAGAAACACGUUUCCCUGUACAAUGAAAUUCUUACUUUACUGUCCACUAAAGAAAUACCAGCAAAAAGU